CACAGUCUCAUCAACAAUUCUGGGCUCUCACCAGAUACUCAGUGGAGUGAAAUUAAUCUAACAUAUUAACAUGUUUGCUUUUCUCUAAUUUCACCCUUCAGAACCAGCUGUUGAAAGUGGUAGCCUGUUGGCCACUUCCAUCCCAGCAAUAUGGAUUGCCCAGCAUUAGUGCAAUCAUUAGAGCUUUAAUUGCACCAUUAUCUCUUGCUAAAAGGGUCCUGACAACUCAGGGCAGAGCUUCUGAGGUGCAACUACAGGCUGAAAGUGAAAUGAGAUGGAAACUGCAAACUGUUGCUUCUAUCUUAACUCUCUUAAAGACCUGUUGAUGCUACCAGGGAAGAUUUAAUGUGCCCAGGCAGCAAAAAAUUUUGGGCAAGGGACUGUUGAGGGGGUGGAGCUCUGACUAACUCCUGUGUCAUUUGAGUUAAUAUAAAGGAUAUAAAUAUGGCAAAUGAAGGAUGUGGAAGUUAUAAGGAAACACGCUCUGAGCAAUAUUCACUUCUCUCACUUCCACUCACUAAGGCCUCACCCCUCAUCCCACCAUGGCUCUCUGGAUCCACUCACUACCUCUCCUGGCCCUCCUUGCUCUCUCCAGCCCCAGCGUCAGCUAUGCUGCCGCUAACCAGCGCCUCUGUGGCUCUCACUUGGUGGAUGCUCUCUAUCUGGUGUGUGGUGAAAGGGGUUUCUUCUACUCUCCUAAAGGUCGACGGGACCUUGAACAGCCUCUAGUGAAUGGGCCUCUGCGGAAUGAAGUGGAAGAGCUAGCAUUCCAACAGCAGGAAUAUGAGAAAGUGAAGAGGGGAAUUGUUGAGCAAUGUUGCCAUAACACCUGCUCCCUUUACCAGCUGGAAAACUAUUGCAACUAGCAAAAUGAUGCAGACUGAAAGGAGACUGUGUGUGUAUAUAUGUGUGUGUAUCUGCAUGUGUGCAUGAAAGAGGCAGAAAGGCACUUUGGAACGGCACCUUCAAAGCAACUGA